AUGGGCACUGAUAGCACCUUUCAUGUGGUGAUGUAUCCUUGGUUCGCCUUUGGCCACCUGACUCCAUUCCUCCACCUCUCAAACAAGCUCGCCGAGAGAGGCCACCGGAUCUCUUUUCUGUUGCCCACCAAAGCACGAGCCAAGUUGGAAGCCUUCAACCUCCACCCUGAUCUCAUCCGCUUCGUCCCUCUGGUAGUCCCACACGUGGAUGGUCUUCCCGCCGGCGCUGAGACCACCAACGAUGUGCCCCUCCAUUUGCAACCCCUCAUCAUGUCUGCCAUGGACCGAACCCAACCCGACGUAGAAGCGGCCUUGAAAGACCUCAAGCCUGACUUCAUCUUCUUCGACUUCACCCACUGCAUUCCACCCUUGGCUCGCCGGCUCGGUAUCAAGUCCAUUCAAUACUGCAUCACCAGUGCAGCAACGAUCGCCUACCUCUUGGCUCCCGCCAGCAUCAAGCUCGAAGAGGGUGCCCAAUUAUCUGAAGAUGAUCUCAUGCACCAACCUCCGGGGUUCCCGCCUUCUUCAUCGAUCAAGCUCCAUCGCCAUGAAGCCCGUAAAAUGACUUUCAUCACCUACAGGGAGUACGGGAGUGGAGUCUCCUUCCAUGAACGGAUAACGUGGGCUCUAAGAGACUCCGACGCCGUCUGCUUCAGGUCGUGCAGUGAGAUUGAAGGUCCCUUUUGUGAAUAUCUUGAGAAACAGUACGGGAAGAUUGUCCUAUUAUCCGGGCCAAUUCUUCCCGAGCCGCCUACGUCGUCCUUGGAAGAUCGUUGGGCCAAGUGGCUCGACGGUUUCAAGGCAGGCUCGGUGGUGUAUUGUGCUUUUGGAAGCGAGUGUUUCUUGGAGAAGGAUCAGUUUCAAGAACUAGUGUUGGGUUUUGAGCUCACCGGAUUGCCAUUCUUUGUGGCACUAAAGCCGCCCAUAGGGACGGAGACAAUGGAAGAGGCAUUGCCGGAGGGGUUCACCGAAAGGGUUCGAGGAAGAGGCGUGGUUGAGGGUGGCUGGGUUCAACAGCAACUGAUAUUGGGUCACCCUUCUAUUGGGUGCUUUGUGAGCCACUCUGGAUGGGCAUCUCUGAUCGAGUCGCUAGUAAACCAGCCUCAACUGGUGUUGUUGCCAUACUCGGGCGACCAGUUUGUCCACGCGAGGCUGAUGAGUGGAGACUUGAAGGUUGGGGUGGAAGUGGAGAGGAGGGAGGAGGAUGGGUGGUUCACAAGGGAGAACGUGUGCAAGGCGGUGAAGAUGGUAAUGGACGAAGACAACGAGGUAGGGAGAGAGGUCCGAGCAAACAGACUGAGGUUGAGAGAUGUAUUUUUAAAACAAGGCUUUGACUCUUCUUACAUUGAUGGUUUUAUAGAGAAGCUACGAACUCUGAUCAAGCAAUGA